GUACCCAUGUUCCAGCUCAUAGGCUACUCAAAAGUCGACAAGCUUACAUUUUAUGUCAAAUUGGCGGCCUUAGAAAUCACUACAAAUAAAACCACAAUCUGUCAGCUAUCUUGUUAUACAACUAUAUUGCUAUGUCGUUUAGAGAUUAGCUUUUAUUUCAACCCUAAACAACAUAACAUUACCAAAUCUACAAGACGCCAGUUCUAUUAAUACGGGCUCUCGUACGAUCUUGUGUGACGUCACAAGAGAGACAUGUCACUGUUGUCAGGCCAGUCACGUUUCUUAUUUAAAUCGGGGACUGACAGAAUGUUGAUCAUUUGUUAUCUGCAACUGACUGGUUUGUUUAGUCGGGUUACUGUCAAUAGUCUUAUUUGGACGACAUGGGACAGAGAAAUUCUAACCCAGAGGUGGCCCAGAGGUCACAUGACAGAAAACAAACCAGCAAAAAGACUAAGAAGGCAAUUCGGCGCUGUCUGAAGACACUGUUCAGCAGCUGUACCAGCCCUGAAGUGAAUGAUGACGACCACAAGGGUCUGCCUUCAGACAAGAGGGCUGAUUCCUUAGCCACUAAAAUUUCAGGUUCAAGCAGUCAUGCUGUAGUCCCGGAAAUAGCAAGGCCCAGGGAGAGCACUGGAACAGCAGAGAAGGAAGGGCCAAGUGCAAAUAUCAUCGCCCCAGAGAUGGCAGAAUCCAGUGCGGAUACCAUCACCCUGGAGGUGGCAGUGCCCAGUGGAAACAACAUCACUCCGGAGACAGCAGAGUCCAGUGCGAAUACCAUCAGCCUGGAGACGGCAAUGCCAAGUGGGAAUAUUAUCACCCUGGAGACGACAGAGCCCAGUGGGAACACCAUCACCCUGAAGACGGCAGAGCCCAGUGGUAAUACCAUCACACCAGAGAUGCCAGAGCCCAGUGGUAAUACCAUCACACCAGAGAUGCCAGAGCCCAGUGGUAAUACCAUCACACCAGAGAUGCCAGAGUCCAGUGGGAAUACCAUCACCCUGGAGAUGGCAGAACCAAGCGGGAGUACUAUUACCCCAGAGGUGGUAGAGCCCAGUGGCAAAACUACAACGCCAGAGAUAGCAGGGCCCACUGGGAAUAAUGUUACCUCGGAGAUGGCAGAGCCCACUGGGAAAAGUGUUACCUCAGAGACGGCGCAGCCCACUGGGAAUACUGUUAUCACAGAGAUAGCAGAGCCCAGUGGGAAUACCACCAUGCCGGAGACAGCAGAGCCCACUGGGAAUAUUGUUAUCGUGGAGAUGGCAGAGCCCAGUGGAACAGCACCCGCCUCAGAGGUAGCAGGGCCCAGUAUCGGAGCCAUAGCAGCAGUGGGCUCCAGUGAGAACAUCGCCACUCCAGAGGUAGCAGGACCCAGCACGAAUUCUGUCACUCCAGAGAUAGUACAGCCCACUGUGAGCACUGUGGUGGCAGAGGUGGCAUGCUCACGGGAGAUCACCAACGCUUCCGAGAUUGUGGAGUCUGUUGAGUCCACGUCUCAAACGGUCGAGCCAAGUGAGUCCAUCAGUGCUCCCAAUAAGGUAGAGACCGGCGAGUCCACCAGUUCUUCCAAUAUAGUAGAGCCUGGUGAGACCACCAGUGCCCCAGGGACGGUAGAGCCCCCUGUUCCAAAGGUGGUGGGCACUACUGAGAACACCACUGGCCCAACAGAGCCCAGGGAGAACUGUUCACCUGCCGAAACGGCACAGCCCAGCACAGAAAGCUCUGUUCCGAUAGAGACAACAGGGCCUAAUGAGUGUGCCACGGCCAAAGAGCUGGCUCUGCCCAGUGAAGACAGCGCUGCGGCGUGUGAAGCAGAGGACGGUGGUGAUGAGAACGCCGAAGACCCGCUGCAAACGAAGCUCUGUAAAGACAGCCCGGGGGCCUCUUUGGUGCCAAAGCCGCAACGUAAAAAAGCAAAGGCCUCCGGGACGGAGGAGCCAAGAACAUCCCAUCCUCGGGGCUGCACAGUCCUGCAGCAAAUGGCUAAAGGGUAUAAACACCCGAAGCAGACAGUGCUGCAGCAGCUAAUAUGGCAGCUUCCAAGAAUCCCAGGGCAACAGACAGGAAGGGUCCCAAUAAUGAGAUCGUUUGGGACCCCGGGACUGCUGAGCCUGAGAAUAACAAGGCCAGGGCUUCUGAUGGGAUCAUUUGGGAUUCUGGGAGCUUUCAGCCCAAGUGUGACAACGCAAGGACCAUGGAUACCAUACCAUCGGUGUCCAAUGAUGAGUGGGCCAAGGUACCAGCGUGGGAUUAUUUCCCCUUUAAAAUUCCUCUACCGCUGGUCAAAAUGGUUCAAGUAGAUCAGCAAACUUGACUCGGUUUGGAAGGAAUUCGCUGGGAAGUCACACUUGGAAGUCUUGUUGGGACAACAUCUCAAACAAAUGGCCACAGACAUCAAGAAUUGGGUUACAAGGAAUUACUGCAAGGAUUGAGAUAAUAUCAAGAAAGAGGCCAUGGGAUUCCUGCUCCACAGCCCACGCAGGAGAAGGUCCAGAGAACAGUUCAGGAAUGCACCACACUACUCAAAAGGAAAGAGGAAAAGAAAUACUUCCGAAGUGACGAUUUUGGCUUUGUUGCUGGGCUUUGCAAGCCAGCAAUCUGCAAUUGCUGAGUCAAACCAAACAGAAAGAAGAUCGCAAGCGAACACCACCCCCUUUUGACCAGGGAGUAUAAAUGCAGUGCUUGAUUCAUAUGUGCCUUGCUAAUCUGAUUCUCUGUAUUCCUUUGGGUACCGGAAAGAGUUUAAUUAUCCAACUUGUUGAGCUGAUGGUCAAGGGCAGUGGGUUUUCCUCCAUGAUCUGUAUUUAGACUGUGUCUCCAGACAGUUGUUGCCUUGUAUGCAGUUGUGCGCAUGACCUUUGCACAAGCAUAAAAUGUACAAAUAUUUGUAGCCCUCCCUGCCAUUUUCCUCCCUGGACUGACUGUGAGCAUCGGACCCCCUUUCCCGGGAUGGGGAGGACCCCUGCAGGCAAGCUUUCGUCACACGUGCAAAUCCCAGGUUUUCCACAUACAAAGGACACCCCUAGCGAAGAGGACCACCACGGCAGAUUCAUCCACUGCCAAGGACUAGCACUAAGGAAGAGGGGAACAUAUGUGACACAUCGUAUACAAGUCUACAUGGCAGGAUACUGCAGCCAUGAUAGGAUGGCAGGAUUCUACUUCAUGGGCCCAUCUUGUGCUUUCUCCUUUGAUAAUAUGUUCCUUUAACAUUUAAAAUAAACAUCAUCUGCCUUUUGGCAAACCCAUAUUUUAUAUUUUGUGAUA